AUGACGUAUCAGUUCUACCGCAAAACCACUCUCGGAAAUUGUCUUCAAGACGCUCUCGAUGAGUUGUACCAACAGAAACUGAUCACGCCUGGAAUUGUAACUGAAGUUCUGAAUCAGUACGACCGUGCAAUUGGUAAAGUUUUGGCCCAUAACGUACGAACUAAACUGAACGUGAAAGGCGAUUUGCAAACUUAUAGAUUUUGCGAUAACGUGUGGACUUUUAUUCUCAACAACGCCGAGUUCACGGAUUCGGCCGAUGUUCACGUGACUGUUAGCAAGGUAAAAGUGGUAGCUUGUGAUGCAAAAGCGACCACAGGUCAAAGCGGUUCAAAUGGCUAA